AUGAUGAGCUUCACGUUCUAUUCCUGCAUAAUGUUGUUGGCUUCCACGUUUUAUGAUACAUUCAUAAUCACUUAUAACAUUUAAAAUUAAACACAUAAAAUAAAGAUUAAUGAUAAACCUAGCUACUACUAUGCAUUAAACGUUAUAUUGCAAAACUCAAAUAUUAGUCCUUAAUUUGGAAGAGAAAAAAAAAAAAAGAAAAUAAAAGAGAUGGCAACUCUCAAGGUUUAUGCUGAUAGGAGGUCCCAACCAACUCGAGCUAUUAUACUUUUCUGCAAGGUUAACGAUAUCGAGUUUGAAGAAGUGGAAACAAGGCUCUUUAGCGAUGAUCUCCAAACUCCAGAAUAUCAAGCAAUAAAUCCUAUGAAGAAAGUCCCAGCAAUAGCUCAUGGAGAUUUUACACUCUUUGAGAGCCAUGCCAUCCUCAUGUACCUUGCUUGCUCUUACCAUGUACCUGAUCACUGGUAUCCAGCUGAUCUUUGCAAGAGGGCUAAGCUUCAAUCCUUGUUGGAUUGGCAUCACUCCAACUUGCGCUAUGGUUCAAUGGGAUACUUGGUUAACACAAUAUUAGCACAAUUUUUGGGAAAAUUGCCAAACCAUGAUUGUGCAGCUGAUUGUGAAAAAAAAUUGGUUGAAUCAUUUUCCACAAUUGAGACAAUGUUGCCUGAUGAAGAAAGGAAUAGGUUGAUAGGCCCUUACAAGAAAGUUCAGCAAUGGGUUGAGGAUGUGAAAGAGGCAACUAACCCUCAUUUUGAUGAAGUUCACAAGUAUUUAUUUGAUGUUAUUGCCACUUUGAAGCAAAAGGCUUAA